GUGUGGUUGCGCUCGUAUAUUUCUUUCGGGUAGAAACAUGUUUUCUAGUAGUACAUUCAGCGAAUCGUUCACUUCUCUGGACAGUUUUACGCUUCUUUUAAUCAUUUAUACUGGCUUUAUUUCCAUAUAACAUACUUUACCUUAGUAAAGUCCUUCUCAGUGAGCGGCCCCGCUGAUACACUCUGACUCAGGACCGUCCUGCUCCUGUGUUGUUGUUGGGGUUUAUUUUGUCAGCGGACACAGACGCUUUUCAAACCCAGCAAGAAGAAGAAGAAGAAAAGCUUCAGUCCGCAGCUUUACCGCACAGCCAGGCCGCGUGUGUGUGAGUGUGUGUGUGGAUGAUGGGGGAGAAGCCUCUGAGAGUGCUUGCUUGUGGGGACGUUGAAGGAAGAAUCACUGCAUUGUUUAACCGGGUGAACGCAGUCCAGAAAAAGAGCGGGCAGUUCGAUUUAUUAUUAUGCGUUGGCGAAUUCUUUGGUACGUCUCCUGAGGCUGAAGCUGAGUGGGAAGCAUACAAAUCUGGUGCUAAGAAAGCUCCCAUCCACACAUACGUUCUGGGGGCCAUCAGCCAGGAAACCGUGAAGUAUUUCCCCAGCUCUGAUGGAUGUGAACUGGCUGAAAACAUCAUCUGUUUAGGCCGAAGGGGUAUUUUCACAGGAGCUUCAGGCCUCCAGAUUGCAUAUGUCAGUGGCAGAGAAGCUCAGCAGGAGCCAGCACCUGCACACUGCUUCACUGCAAAAGAUCUCACAGCCCUGCUCACUCCUCUGGUGUCCAGCUCGAAGUUCAAAGGAGUUGACAUCCUCCUGACCUCUCAGUGGCCUCGAGGAGUGUGGCAGUACGGGAACAACCCGGAAAUUGACACAAAGUUCUGUGGAGUUUCUUCCAUUGCAAAUCUUGCAGAAAAGCUGAAGCCUCGCUACCACUUUGCUGCAUUGGAAGGGGUUCACUAUGAAAGACUGCCAUACAGAAACCAUGUGGUUCUUCAAGAGAAUGCACAGCAUGUCAGUAGAUUUAUCGCACUGGCAACAGUUAACAACCCUGCUAAGAAAAAGUAUUUGUAUGCAUUUAACAUUGUCCCGAUGAAAAGUAUGGAUGCUGUGGAGCUGGUCAAACAGCCUCAGGAUGUCACAGAGAACCCUUACAGAAAACCACUGAAAGAGGGAAAGAAGGAUAAACCUCCUCCCUCUGCAGUUGGUGAGGAGGAGCCUGUGUCUCAGUUCUUCUUUGAUCUGGGUCAGAAGAAGCAGCAGCAUCACCGGCACCAGCAGAAUCAGGGUCGGAAGCGGCAGUCGGAGGGUGACGGAUCCAGCCAGCCUAAACAACCUCGCAAACCCCCUCAGCCUACUGGACCCUGUUGGUUCUGUUUAGCCAGCCCUGAGGUGGAGAAGCACCUGGUCAUCAGUAUAGGGACACAUUGUUACAUGGCCAUGGCUAAAGGCUGCCUCACCCCAGACCAUGUGUUGCUGUUGCCCAUUGGACACUACCAGUCUGUGGUGGAUCUGCCAUCUGAUGUGGUGGAAGAGCUGGAGAAUUACAAAAGUGCUAUCAGGAAAUUCCAUAAGAGCCGCGGCCGACGCUGCGUUCUGUUCGAGAGGAACUACCGCAGCCAGCACCUUCAGUUACAGGUGGUCCCCGUGCCCAUGGAGAGGUGCAGUACAGAGGACAUUAAGGAGGCCUUCAUGGUGCAGGGGCAGGAGCAGCAAAUGGAGCUGAUGGAGAUACCAGAGCACACAGACCUCAAACAGAUUGCUCCGCCAGGAACUCCUUAUUUCUAUGUGGAGCUGGAUACGGGAGAAAAGCUGUUUUAUCGCAUCAAGAAGAACUUCCCAUUACAGUUUGGCAGGGAAGUGCUGGCAAGCGAGGCGGUGUUGAACAUCCCAACGCGAUCGGACUGGAGAGACUGCAAAAACAGCAGAGAGGAGGAAGAGGCUCUGACGAAACAAGUCCGCUCUGACUUCCAGCCCUUCGACUUCACUCUGGAUGACUGAAGAACAUGUCCAAAACCAUUACUGUUUCUCAGGCGUGGACACACUUUCACUCGGCCCAUUUGGUCUUGCUAAAUGCAUCUGUUUUUCAUUCAUAGUACAGAUUUUCAGAUUUUCUUUUUUUAUGCUUUUAAACAGAUAUUGGAGCUCUUUGCUCUUACUAUUUUGAUUGAAUCAGUGACUUGUUCUUGACUUUUUUUGGUUUUAAAUUCAUGUUUUGGAAGUAACUGAGUCUGGUAGUAGAUAUUGUAUAGUCAAGGUUGUCUUUUUUACCAAAUAGUUGCAUAUUAAAAAUAAUUUUUCAGC